AUGUCUUGAGAGAGAGGGAGGAGAGACGAAGAAGGAAGAACAAAACCAAAGCGGAGCCACCCCUUUUACACAUUAGUAGUCUCUCUUCCCUUUCUUUCUAAUCAAACCUUCUUUGUCCCUCUCUACACUUUCUCUCCGUAUGGUUUCUGUUUCUGUUUCUGUCUCUCUCAGGGAUCGAACUGAAAGAAAAGAAACGUUUUUUAUUUUUUUUAUUUAUUUAUGUUGGCUUUAACUUCGGUUUGUAGUUUUCAGCUGAUUAAUCUUGCAUUUGUUGUACAAUUACUUGUUUUGGGGAUUUUAUGUCGAGGUUUUGGAUCUGAAAGUUGGAGAAUUUAAGCGUUUUUUUCAAAUUUGUGGAAUUAUUGAAGGGAGGGGAAUUCAGUGGAUUAAGUUGAGAAAUUGAAGAUUUGGUGGUAAUUUUAGUAAUUUGGGAAUUUGAAUUUGAUGGGGGAAGGAGAGGGAAGCGAAUUCCCUCCAAAAAAGGCGGCGCAAUCGGAGACGCAAGGGGGUUCGGAUUUCCCUGCAAAGAAGCUAGCCAGGCAGCUGGAUUUCACGCAAGGGAAUGUUGUUUUACCAGACCAUCCUCAAUCGCAACAGCAGCCUGCCACGCUGCCACUGCCGCUAAAGCCGGUUGUCAUUACUCCGCAGAGCCAACCCCAGCAGCAGCCUCUGCAACCGCAGGUGCUGUCCAUGUCGGCAGCUCCGCCGCCACAGCAGCUUCCGCCAGUCAGGAUUGUAAAACCAGAAUCCCCAAAAUCAAAACCAAGACCGAAUGCUGAGUUGAAAGAUGGUACUCCAAAGAGGCAAAAACAGUGUAACUGUAAACACUCACGGUGCUUGAAGCUGUAUUGCGAAUGCUUUGCAUCUGGAACAUAUUGUGAUGGGUGCAAUUGUGUAAAUUGUUAUAACAAUGUUGAAAAUGAAGGUUUUAGGCGAGAAGCUGUGGAAGCCACUUUAGAGCGGAAUCCCAAUGCAUUCAGACCAAAAAUUGCUAGUAGUCCGCAUGGAACACGAGAUAGUCGGGAGGAGAACGGGGAAGGAUUAGUUUUGGGAAAGCACAACAAGGGAUGUCACUGCAAGAAAUCUGGAUGCCUCAAGAAAUACUGUGAAUGUUUCCAAGCUAACAUUCUUUGCUCUGAAAAUUGCAAAUGCAUGGACUGCAAGAAUUUUGAAGGAAGUGAAGAGAGGCAGGCUCUCUUUCAUGGAGACCAUGCCAACAACAUUGCAUAUAUCCAACAGGCUGCUAAUGCUGCAAUAACUGGAGCUAUUGGAUCUUCUGGCUAUGCGUCCCCUCCGGUGUCCAAGAAGAGAAAAGGUCAGGAACUUUUAUUUGGGCCAACAGUCAAGGAUCCUAGGCCUGGAAAUUUUCAACAGUUAGCAUGCCAUCUUCAUUUUCAUCAGGCUCCCCAUGUUAGGCCUUCUGCACCUUCCUCUUCCUUGUCCACCAAUCCUGUUACUCGUGCCGGUACAGCUGCAGCUUUGGGGCCUUCAAAAUUCACAUACAGGUCUCUAUUAGCAGACAUUAUCCAACCACAGGAUCUGAAGGAACUUUGCUCAGUUUUGGUGGUUGUGUCAGAAGAGGCUGCUAAGGCACUUGCAGACCAAAGAAAUGCAUCAGAAAAGCGUGUAGAGGAUCAGACAGAAACUUCCCUUGCUUCAUCAACUCAAGAAAGAUUGCAGAGCCAGAAAGAAGCUGAUGCUGAGAAAAUUAAUGCCUAUGAUUGUUCAAUUGCAAACCAGGCUGAUAAAGUUGGUCCUGAUGGUUCCAGCUCAGAUGGUGCUGAUGUACCAAAAGGGAGGCCAAUGUCUCCUGGAACUUUGGCAUUGAUGUGUGAUGAACAAGAUACAAUGUUUAUGACAGCUGCUUCCCCCAAUAGGUUAACGGGCCAUGGAUGCAGCUUUACUUCACAGUUGCCUUGUGGACAGGGCAUGACAGAGAUUUAUGCAGAGCAGGAAAGGAUUGUUUUAUCAAAGUUUCGAGAUUGUCUUAAUAGAAUCAUCAUGUUUGGAGAACUAAAAGGAAGUAACGACAUUUCCGUUCCAACAGAAACAAAUUGUUCAUCAUUAGCCAGAACCGAACUUGGGAAUCAAAGAGACCCUCUCGGCAAUGGCACGGCAAAUGCCAUAGCUGAAACAGGAAAUCUACAGGGUUAUAGUAAUGGUGUUACGAAACAUGUUAUUCCACCUACAUCAAGGACAGGACAGAUGGUUACUUCUAUGGUUGCCACAUCCAAUGAUGAGCUUCCAAAAAUUCAGGCCCUCCCACAAAAUGGUGACAACAAACCAAAUACUUGAAACGAGCUGUAAAAAGAUUUUCAAACCUGAAGAGUGGCCCAAGAUUGUUUCCUGUAAAAAAAUUGAACUUCACUGCUCCUAUUUUUGGUGAAUGACUCGAAAAGGUGAAAAAAGAGAAGGAAAUGGAGCUGUAUGUUUAUGAAAUGAUCCUGGCUUUAGAUGGUGUAAUUGCAAUGCCUUUGUACAAUUGGUGGAGUUAAUUUCUAUUGAAGAUCAGAUUUUUUCAGCCAAAAAAUGGAAAUGGCAACCUGAAGACAACAAGCACAAUGUUACAGUUGGACCUCCAGCCAUAUCACUGAGGGCUUAACCCAAGAUCAAAGUAGUGAUAGGCGCAAUGGGAGGUUUGAAUUUUGCUGGGAAACGAAGAAACUUAGCUGGCUGCACCUUAAAAUUGAACCCUUUUGUUUUUUGUGAUGAUAAAUUUUCUAAGGAAGGGUGACUUUCCUUUGGACAAUUAUACCUGCCAAAUAGGGUAAUAUUCUUGAUCCUUUUCGGCAGUCACAAAUUAGCGGUUUUGUGGCCCAUUUGGCGGACCACCAGCACUCCAGUUCAACGAUAAGCCCAAGAUAUUACUCAAACGUUGGGCUUUCAGUCAUGAAUAUGUACCACUGUAAUAUUCUAAUUUAGAAAUACUUUAGGAUUGUAAUUUGACUAGAAUGGAUUGAAAUGAUCCUUACUCUAAUUUCAUUUUAGAAUAUUUAAAAUUUAAAAA